AUGGUAGUUGGUAAACCACCGCUAAUUUUUGAAAAGGGACUCGAGGCUCUCGUUUUGAAAUUCCGAGCCGAUACUGAUCCGCGUAGAACUGAUCUGCUUGUGGGUGUCUAUAAAACGAACGAAGGAAGAGCUUACGGACUUGAGCGCCAAUUUACUCUUCGGGCCGGACCAUCGUCUUUUGCGAGAAAAGAGACACUUGGCGCAAGCGGUGGAUGCCAUGUAGGCGCAGUCAUGUUGGAAAACCAUUAUGGACCAUGGAAGCAGACUGAAACUCCUGGGAUUUAUCUUCCGAUGAAUCAUUCACACCUAUUUCAAUACGCGGGAAUCAAGCCUACUCUGCUGCCUUAUUUUAGUAGCAAGACGAACAGCUUGGACUUUGUGAGGUUUGCAGAGGCCAUCAAGUCGUUACCAGCUCAAUCAGUUGUCCUUCUUCAGUCUGGAGCACAGAAUCCAACUGGAUGCGAUCCGUCAUCGGAUCAGUGGCGAGAGCUGGCUUCGAUUUUCUCACAGCAUGGCCAUUUGGCAUUCUUCGAUGCCUCUUAUCCCGGAUUUGCGUCAGGAGACAUCGACACAGACCUUGAAAGUGUUCGAUUAUUUGCCGAGCACGAAAUUCCACUUGUGUUCGUCUCGACAUACGGGAAAUCAUUUCGUCUUUACAGCGAACGCGUUGGGAUUCUCUCCAUUCUUGCCCCAAGCGAGGAAGCCGCGAAGAGGAUAGGAAAGCAUCUGAGUCUACUAGCAAGAGCAGAGACUGGCGCACUGCCGGACUUUGGGUCCAAAAUUAUUGAAACUGUUCUGUCCGAUGAGGCCUUGGAGCGCCAGUGGCGGGACGAAGUUCGCGAUAUGGCAAAUCAGCUUAAAUAUCGUCGAUUUGCGCUCAGGGAGAUGUUGGAGGAGUUGGAAACACCAGGAGACUGGCGGCAUAUCACUGAUCAGAACGGGAUGUUCUCAUAUGUUGGACUCUCAGUGGAACAAGUCACUCUCCUCCGAGAUGAGUUCCAUGUUUAUCUCCAGGAAUCUGGGAGAAUAUCCAUCGCUGGGCUCAACAGAUUCAAUAUUGAUCACACCGCUCGUAGUAUCAGCGCUGUGAUCAAAGCCAAAACACCUCAGUAA